GCGCCAUCGAUUAUUAUUACUAAAAGGAUUAAAAUAUAUUCAGGUUUUAGGCUAAAUAACCAUAUGGAACUAAAAUAAUAAGUGAUUAAUGAAAUUAGUUAACAAUUAAAAUAAAAGCAAAUGGAUUACAUAAUUAUUCCAUAGGUAUUUUGCAGGGAUAAAAGCGGUACUUAAUUACUAGUUAAAAUAUAAUUUUUAAAAUUGGCAGGACAUUACAACAGAUAUAUUGCGAGAAUAAAUGCCGUUAAUUACUAGCUAAAUUAUAGUUUUUAAAAAUGGCAGAACGUUACAAUGCGCAUAAGUCGCACUUCGCUAUCUUUUUUUCCAUAUGGUCAAUGACUAUGGGAAAUAUUGAAACAUGUUGAUAUCCGAGGGAUGUCCCCUCGUGUCGCGGAAAUUUGAGUGAUUUCUGUUCACCUUAAUGUUGCAUUCGCGUACAUGAGUAAAUCUCGCCAAAUCAUUCAUCUUGAAGUCGUCAGUUGCAGGUUAUAUUACCCCGCAUACAUAAGAAGGGGAUUUUUUUCAUCGUGAAGAGUGUGGCGCGAAGCGACACGAAUAACUUCAUGGACAGUUAUUUGACUGAAUCACUAUCUAUAAAUGGACAAUCUGACAGAACCCACGGCGAAGAAGAGAUGCGUUACAAGAAACGAAAAUAAGAUGCAAUUAAUAGAAUGUGUACGAGAAUUUCGGCUGCCGCAACAGUUCCCCAGCACGUUGAAACAGGCGAUGAAACAGGGUAUCGUGAAUUCCGUGGAAUCCCCGCCGUCAAUCUUAACGAUGCCCGAGAAUACGAUAACAUCAUUAUCUGGCGUCAAGUUUCAAAUCCCGUCUAAACUGCAGAAAUUAAGGAUCUUAUCUCCAAGUGGAAAGGAUUUGGGAGAGUUCAAUGUCGAGUUACGGACUGAUAAUCCAUUGAAAGGGAAGACGAUCACUCUCAGAUCUGUUAAGAAAUCUUCUCUGUCUCCAGUCUUGCACAGCAGGAUAUUUCCACAGAUACUUAAACAAGGCAUAGCAAAAAUAUCAAAGAGUAAUUCAAUUAAAUCUUGCAGCAGGAGUAAUUACGAAGAAGUGAAUAAAAAUAAUGUGUCGCAAGAAUUUACAACUCUGCGGAUAAAUAAAAUAAUUGGGAAAGAAGAUAUUGAGACCAGAAAUAAGGAGGCACAGGCAUGUAAUAGUGAUAUUAAUGUUGAAAUACCAGUUUCUUUGAGUGAGACAAAUUGUAAACAAUCCUUGUAUCAAACUAUUGAUAGCAACAAUCAAAAGCAUAUAGUAUGUAAUGGAAUAAACAAUGUAAAUAGCUGUAUAAAAAUCCCAAAAAUUACAACAGAAAUUAAUGAAAUUACUUCAGCUGCAAGAGUAUCGCCACAUGAAGAAAUUAUUGAAUCCAUAUUUCCUAUAACAAAUUUAAAGCUUGCAGUAAACUCAAGUGAUAAUAAUGUACAUAAAUCUAAAGAGUAUUUCAAAGUAAGUAGUGGAAAAUGCAUUACUAGUGUAAAAAACAGCGAAAAUGUAAAAAUAGUCACAUCUUUAAAAAAUGCAGUAAAUUUUGCUCAACAUAAUCAGAUUAAUAGUAAUUUAAUUGAAAAUAGUUUAGAUAGCAAUGGUAAAGAAAAUGUCAAUAAUCCAAAAGUUAUAAAUAAUAGAAAUAAAUUAUUUCAAGUUAAUUCUGAUGUAGUUUUCUUAAAUAAUCAAGCAUACAAAACAAUGCAAAAAAAUAUUAUGACAGUUAUACCUAAUAAUGAAACUUUUUUAUUUAAUCAGAAUACAAUUUCAACACAGGAAUAUAAUACUGCUGUAUCACCAGCAUGUGAAAAAAAUAUAAUUAAUGUACAUCAUGGCAAAGUUUUGUGCAACACAAAGUCUGAUAAUAUACAAAGUAAACUUAUUCUGAAGGACGGUCCUAGAAAUAAUUUUUCAUCUGUUGUGGUCAACAAUCCUGUGCAAUGCGUUCAAGAAUCGCAACCAAUCACAAAUACUAUUGAUACAAUCGUGCAAUUAGAUGUGCAGAACAAGGAUUAUCCCAUAAAUUCAACUCAGUCAGACUUAUCGGAUCAAUGGAAUAUUAUUAAGAAAGCAAUGAAUAGUGUGAAGGAUAACAAGUUGCGUGUGCUAGCGCUGAAAGCACUAGCAGAUUGUGGAAUUGGAAUAGAGAGACAUGUUCCAAUACGUUUAGAGGAACAUAAAGCUGUACACGACACACAAGUACAGACUAUGAUAUUUGGCUUAUUGGAUACAUCUUUCAUAUUUAUAAACAAAGACUUAGAUAGCAUUCAGAGAAUAAAACAAAUUUCUCUUUAUGAUAUGCCUUCUAAUCAAAAUCAAUUGUUAACAAAUGAUUUACACUCUAAUGAUUUCCUAUCCAAAGCUCCUCUUAUAAGUGAACAAGAAAAUGAUUUCGAUAUAGAUAGUUUUAUUAAACAAAUUUUUGAAGAAAAUUCUGAUACUGCAAAAAUGAAGGAAACUUUGUCAGCAACAAAGAUAAGAUGUAAGAAUCUUAUAGAGCACUUGGAAAGAGACUUUGAAUUAGUUAAACGAUAUGAUCAAAAUGGCAUGUUAAAUAUACAUAACGCUGUUAUAAGCAAUAACAUCCAUCUUGUUCAGAGACAAUUAAUGAUACUUGAGCAGUGUAAAGAAAGUGUCGAUAUAUUGACUGAGGAUGGAACGACGAGUUUAGAAUUGGCAAUCAAAUAUGAUGCACGAAGCGAAAUUGUCAAACUUCUAUUGAAAGCUGGAGCACAACCGGUGAUACCGAAAUAUAUACACGAAUCCGCAUUGAUUAUAGCUAGUAAACGAGCAUCACCCUUAUUGCCAAUGCUUAUCGAUCAAGUUUCGGAUUCGAAAUUACUCGAUCAAAUAGAUUCAGAAGGCUUCGCGGCAUUACAUUAUUGUAGCAUGCGCGAUAAUUUGCAAGGGGUGAAAGCACUUUUAUCAGGCGGUGCGACUAUAGAUGUGAAAGAUAUGAGAUCAGGACGGACGCCUUUGUUUCAUGCACUGGACAAUGGUCACACGGUAGUGGCGCAGACAUUAUUAAAAGCCGGUGCUAUUGCAAAUGUCACCAACUAUGCGGGACAAACACCUCUACCUAUAGUGUAAGAAAAAUUUGUUUUUUAGAAUAUUAAUUAAAAAAGAAAUAACAUAAUCACUUUUGUUUCAAGUAAAGGAAAAAUAUAAAACUCCUAAAGCUACAAUGAUAUUAAGACAAAAUUGUUUUAUAAUCGAAUUUCUGAAAAUUAUUUUCUGGAAUAAUUCUAAUUUUAUUUCUAAUUCAAAAACUAGUCAAAAUGAUGUAACUUAUUUAGUAUAUUUAUGACUAAAAAUUUAUUUUUAGUUUUUGACAUGUGUGAUUGACUUAUUAAAAGAAUUAUUUUAAAAUGUAUUUUUUUUAAAUAGAAACUUUAGAAUAGGGAAAAACAUAAAUUUAAAAUAUUUUAUUAAUGCAGCAAUGCUUUACAGUAAAAUUAAAUAUUUAUUUAUACCUGUAAUCUUUAGACGUAUAAUUAGAAAUUUUUUUUUUAUCAAUAUGUAAACUAAGAUAUUAAUAAUUGAUAUUAUUGUUAUCUUUUUCUCAAUUAAUAAUUGAAAUUUCUGCAUAAAUUGUGCUACAGAACGAUUCAUAUUAUAUAAUUAAUGAAUUUUUAAGUUUUAUAUUGCGUGCGUGCGUGCGUGCGUGUAUGAGAAAAUUAUGUAUGUAUGUACAGCUCACACAUUUUGAAAAUACAUUUUAUGGAAUAUUACUUAAGAUAUUGAAAAAAUAUAAUACUUAUUGUAAUGUAAUUCAAUAUUUUUAUGUUCUACAAAAAUUUUCAGUGACAUUUAAGUAAAUUAUGUAAAUUUAAAUAAUUUAUGUGAAUAUUUAUAUUAAUAUUAUACUUGUAUAUGGAUAUAUCAUAUAAAAAAUAUGAUUAAGGAUAAAAUAAGAUCGAUAAAAUUACAAAAAUAAAAUAUACGUAAUAUUUGUAUUCCAAAUAAUGUAAUUAAAUAAUUUUGUCAUUUUGA